CCAAUGGAACAGGACAUGUUUCAUAGGAUAGGAAUCGCAAAUUAAAGAACGAAGUUGAUAACAAACAUUUAGCGGAACUUUGCCUCGUGCCAGACACCAGUAAUAGCAUGAAAGGACCUUGUGAAUAUCGAACAUUAUCGUAACGACUGCGAUUAGAGAAACAGCAGAGAAGGUGAAGUGAGGCAGGAGAAAGCAAUAGGAAACGAGGGAAAUAAUGGCAAAGAAUUUAUUUAAUUCACGACGCUUUGCUAUAUCGCACAAGCCCAAGCGCUUCUCGGGAAUUAAGAGCACGCAACUGUUGAACCCUCGCAGAUUUAACCUCCAGUGGACCUAAUAAUAAAAAGAGAUUCCCGGAGGGUUUCCCCUAAAUACAAAAUCGUCUCUCGCACCUUGACAAAACUAUCACAUGUAAAACAUGUCCAUUCAUUAUAUGCAUUGUGUGUUCUUUUACGUUUACGUUUUCCCAAAGAACACAACCGCUUCCAACGUACAAUCCUUACGGCGUCAUGUUGUUCGCUCAAACGGAACUUUUAAGAAAACGAGGGGAACUCGAUCCUAUGUGGUGAUUCUUGUCCCUAACGCAACGAGAGAUCCCUCCGUUCCGGCUGAUCUGCUGCUGUCCUUGGUGAUGUACAAUGCAAUCCAAUUAGGUUUCACCUCUAGGCUGUGAUGCAGCCUGCGAAGCUUGAAGCUCCCAUUCAGUCGAUGCUGCGUGUGUCGCUCUGCAGUUCGGUCCAUAGUGUGCUUUCCCUCUUCGGUUUGCUAUUUUUGCGCGCUCGAUACAUCCGCAGACAUCCCAUUUGACCAUAUCAACAACCGAUGGAGAGAAAACUCUACCCGAGCGGCUUUUCCUACCGCAAGAACGGUGGACAUGUGUAGCAGUGUGUUCCAAGAAGACAGCCAGUAUAUCUAAGGGAUUAAAAAAAUAUAUUAGUAUUAUUUUACAUAAAAAAAUGUGGGAUAUGAACCUCGACUCUACAUCUUCUCCCGAGAAGUCGGAAUCUUAGCUGCCUCGCAAAGUUAUCCGCCAUGGAGGGACUUGUCUAAAGACCUCAUUAUUAUUUCUCAUAUCUUUUAUAUAUUAACUUUCCCGAUUUCUUUUUUACGUGGCUAGCGUCACGUUUUAAUCCCUCCCCCCCCGCCCCACCCGUUCCCCGUUCGCCAUGGCUGAGAAGGUCGGGUCGGGGGCGGCGAAGAGCUGCUCUCGUCCUGGGGGCUCCCUCCCGCCGGAGCCCAUCGAGAUCAUCCGGGUCAAGGCUCGGUCCCGCCGGGUCCGGAUCAACGUGGGGGGCAUCGUCCACGAGGUCCUGUGGAGGACCCUGGACCGGCUCCCGCGGACCCGCCUGGGCAAGCUGCGGGACUGCAACACCCACGACACCUUAAUGGAGAUCUGCGACGACUACUGCCUGAACGAGAACGAGUACUUCUUCGACCGGCACCCGGGGGCGUUCACCUCCAUCCUCAACUUCUACCGGACGGGCAAGCUGCACAUGAUGGAGGAGAUGUGCGCCCUCUCCUUCGGCCAGGAGCUGGACUACUGGGGCAUCGACGAGAUCUACCUGGAGUCGUGCUGCCAGGCCCGGUACCACCAGAAGAAGGAGCAGAUGAACGAGGAGCUGAGGAGGGAGGCCGAGUCGCUCAGGGAGAAGGACUGCGACAAGUUCGACACCACCUGCUGCCCCGACAAGAGGAGGAAACUGUGGGACCUCCUGGAGAAGCCCAGCUCCUCCAUCGCUGCCAAGAUCUUGGCCAUCCUCUCCAUCCUGUUCAUCGUCCUCUCCACCAUCGCGCUGUCCCUCAACACGCUGCCCGAGCUGCAGGUGAUCGACGAGUUCGGGCAGGCCAACGACAACCCGCAGCUGGCGCACGUGGAGGCGGUGUGCAUCGCCUGGUUCACCAUGGAGUACCUGCUGCGCUUCCUCUCCUCGCCCAGCAAGUGGAAGUUCUUCAAGGGCCCGCUCAACGUCAUCGACCUGCUGGCCAUCCUGCCCUACUACGUCACCAUCUUCCUGACCGAGUCCAACAAGAACGUCAUGCAGUUCCAGAACGUGCGGCGGGUGGUGCAGAUCUUCCGCAUCAUGAGAAUACUCCGGAUCCUCAAGCUGGCCCGCCACUCCACGGGCCUGCAGUCCCUGGGCUUCACCCUGCGGCGGAGCUACAACGAGCUGGGCCUGCUCAUCCUCUUCCUGGCCAUGGGCAUCAUGAUCUUCUCCAGCCUGGUCUUCUUCGCCGAGAAGGACGAGGACGCCACCAAGUUCACCAGCAUCCCCGCCUCCUUCUGGUGGGCCACCAUCACCAUGACCACGGUGGGCUACGGCGACAUCUACCCACAGACGCUGCUGGGGAAGAUCGUGGGCGGGCUGUGCUGCAUCGCGGGUGUGCUGGUCAUCGCCCUGCCCAUCCCCAUCAUCGUCAACAACUUCUCCGAGUUCUACAAGGAGCAGAAGAGGCAGGAGAAGGCCAUCAAGAGGAGGGAGGCCCUGGAGCGGGCCAAGAGGAACGGCAGCAUCGUCUCCAUGAACAUGAAGGACGCGUUCGCGCGCAGCAUGGAGCUGAUGGACGUGGUGGUGGAGAAAGACGAGAAGCACUGCUUCUACCAGGACAACCACCUCUCGCCCAGCCGGUGGAGCCCGGCCAAGCACGCGGCUGGUGACAGCAGCCCCUCCAAGGCCCUCGACGUGAAGUACCAGGAGGUGGUUCAGCUGGGGUCUCCGGCUCGCACCAACAGCCCCAGGCCGAGCCCGCAGAGGCUGAACGCCCAGAAGCUGGAGGAGAUCUACAACCAGAUGACCAAGUCUUCCCCCGUCUGUGCCCCCCGGGCGGGCGCCUCGCCGCGCCGCGACCCCCCGCCUAAGCGCGAAGAGGAGCUGGAGAUGAAGCUGGUCCCGCCCACCUACGACACCCUGACCCCCGAGCCCCCGCCGUCCGACCCCCUGCACAGGGAGCGGGCCCUCACCGAGGUGAGGAGCAUAUCCAGCGUGGACAGCUUCACCAGCUGCGCUGCCGAUUUCGCAGAGUCCGAGAGGGGACCUCUCCUCCCCGACGCUGGCGGCCUGGGGCCGCCCCGGCAGCUCAGGGUCCCGCCCCCGCCCCUGGACCUCAGCCGGAUCACGGCGGCCAGAGACGGGAAGGGGGGCCAGGGCGGCCUCAUCAGGGAUGGAUUGUACGAGUUUGUCCACUGCGGCUCAGAUGGCGGUGGGGGUGGGGCCGGGGCCGGGGCUGGGGGCGGGGACAGCGGCAGUAGCAUUCUCUCCCCCGGGGAAAACGGGCAGGGCUUCGACCGCCGCAGCUCCCUGCGGAGCAGCAACCCCGUCAGGACCAGGGGCCUCAAGGUGAACUUCAUCGAGACCCCGGGCGAGUCCCCGCAGCACGUCAGCAUCGUCCUGACGGAGGACAGACCCGCCUCCGGGGACCAGCCCCCGGCUGGGGCCGACCCCGACCCGCCGGGAGGGCCCGAGCUUUCGGACGAUCCCCAGGGCCCUGCGCCCCCCUCCUCCUCUUCGGCGAUCCUCAAAGGAAAGAAUCACCUAGAGGACCCGGGCGUGGUCGCCCCGGGCUCCCCUAUGGCCACCGCGCAGAACUGCAUGCUGGGCGCGCUCAGUGCUGUCGGGGAAGGGACGUCCUCCGAGAGCAACCAGAGCGGCCACUUAGCGGACAACCACAUGUUUUCGCCCGACGCUCACGCGAAGCCGGGGGACGGCGGUUUGUCUCCGCCGUGUGAAACCAGCAUGUGAGCGUCGUCGCUCGCUCGCACGCGACGAGAGACACGGGCAUAGCCACGGGAACCCACUUUUCGCACGGCAGCAUGACAAGGCCCUUUCAACCGUACAGCAGCCGGUCGCCAGGACCAAUGGCACUGCUGUCUGCAGACAUUCAGCAAUUUUAAAAAAGCGGGUGAAAACUCAGAGCUUCUGGGCUGAGCAACCACAUGACUGACUAAAGAGAUAAUCCGACUGUAAAUAUUGAACUUGUAUUAUUUUAUUGUUUUUUUUAUUUUUUAGAAAUGCACAGAAAGCAAAAGAAAGCGCAUCUUUAAAUGGCAUGUAUUUAAAUAAAAGCGUAAUGGUGGCUUACUUCCACUGUAAACAUGGGGGGAUAAAUCCCCCUGCAAUGAAGGUGCAAGUUCCUGUAUCGCUGUUGCUAACUCAAGGUACGAGCGCUGUGACAUUUAAACAUGAGACUUUGGAAAACCUGCUGCAGAUUAUGUCUUUUCAAAAUCCACUCAUUAUUAUUGUGGGUUUUGAAUGACAAACUUCAAUGUAUUAUCCUUGAUUUGCAUUACAUUUGUUUUUUAACUGGUAAUGUUUUUAAUUUAUGAAAGGACAUAGACCGUAGGCUUAAUGAGCCGGCCAUUGCUAAUUCCUAAAAUAAUAACUGUAAAUGGCAAAUAUAAAUAUAGUGGUUUUCCAUAGCUGUAUUACUUCAUGGUUACAAAAGUUAUUACAAAAAGAAGAAGGGCUUGUUUUUGCAGUUUGCCAUAUUUUUCAUUCAAGUCUGAAUAUGGAUUUGAAAAUGUCAGCAUAUCAAUGGAGACUGCUCCUGCUUUUAUAGGAGGGGCUUAUCAUCAGGUGACUGCCAGUCACAGACACGGGAGAUGCAUCAAAAUACAUUUGAACAUAUUAUUAGAAGUUAUUUCUGGUCUGGUAAUUAAAUCUUAAACUUUCUCUUUAUAGAUCCCCCCCAGAGUUAAAUUUUACACUCUAUGAAUGGGAAUACGCAUGAUAUGGUCGACCCUGUAAAAUGGUUCCAGGCUCUUCAGCUAUAGAGCACAGUUGUUUAAUCACUGUAAGACCUCUGUCUGUACUUAAGCACAAAACUGUCAGCUUUUUUUUUCCCUCGUGGAUUUCUGGGUUCACUAUGCGGUCAUAUCCGGAUCUGAUACAGAUAAUAUUAACUGUCUGUCUUUUAACAUCCAUGUUGUCUGAUCAUUUCUGGUUAUUUAUUUAUUUAUUUAUUUAUUCAUGUAUUUAUGUAUUUAUUUAUUUUGCAUUGCUGUAAACUAGUGAGGUCACACUAUGGACUAAAACCUAUUUUAGUCCAACUUAAUCCCAGAGUUUCUCCAGUUUCUGCUUUUCAUUGCAGAAUGAAAAUGUUGCCUUUUGCUGAGGGACUGCUGGGAAAUUGCUCCUGUUUCAGUAAAUCGCAGACUGUUUAAAAACGCAUUUCCAUAUCCACGGGAAAAAAUGCACAAUUAGAAGAGGAGUAGCCCUUCGCGGCUUCCACGUCAGUUCGUUCUGAAAUGGGAUGUGCAAUAUAACGCACAUUACGCUGGUUACGAGUCACGGCACUUUAAUCGGAGAGGCGGUACUUUCGUUUUCAGUAUACGGUAUUUCUUGAAUGGAUCGGCCCUCUGGUGUCGAAUGGGUAAAGAGUAACAGAAAGAGCCGGCUACUUUUAUUUAUACUUUCACAUGUUGUAUGGCUGCCAUAUAUCAGUCGACCUCUUCUCAGGUUUGCUAAUACAAAAAUCUAAGUAUUCUAUUAGAACUAUGUGGGGAUUUUGUAGUCCUCAAAAUAUCAGACAUUACUUCUACUGUACAGUAUACAUAUAUCUUAGAUUGUAUAUGUAUUAUAAAU